AUGGAGCCCGGCUCCGCCGCGCUCGAGCCGCGCGCGCCGCAGCGCGUGAUGAUCACACGCAUGGUGCUCGACAACUUCAAGUCGUACGCCGGCCCCAUCACCAUCGGCCCCUUUGACGCCAACAUGACGUCGGUCGUCGGCCCGAACGGCAGCGGCAAGUCGAAUGUGAUCGACGCGAUGCUGUUCGUCUUUGGCUUCCGCGCCAACAAGAUGCGACAGGGCAAGCUCUCCGAGCUGAUCCACUCCUCCUCGCGGCACCCGAACCUGCAGUACACCAAGGUCUCGGUCCACUUCCGCGACGUCGUCGACCUGCCGGACGGCACGGUGCAGCCCGUCGAGGGCACCGAGCUCGUCGUGGCGCGCGAGGCGAAGCAGGACAACAGCUCGACCUACUGGGUCAACGGCAAGCGCGCGGGGCGCGAGGAAGUGGUGACGCUGCUCAAGCGGCGCGGCAUCGACCUCGACCACAACCGGUUCCUCAUCCUGCAGGGCGAGGUCGAGCAGAUCGCGAUGAUGAAGCCGAAGGCGCCGAGCGCGCACGAGGACGGGCUGCUCGAGUACCUGGAGGACAUCAUCGGCUCGAACCGCCUCAAGGAGCCCAUCGCCGAGGCGCAGACGCAGGUCGAGACGCUCAACGAGUCGCGCGCGGUCACCGAGCAGCGAGACGAGCAGCGGCGCCUCUUCGAGGACCUCCGCAAGCAGCGGCUCGCCGAGGUGUGA